AUGAUAUAUUUAGUACUUGUAGUUGUCACGACUCACACGCAUACACCCACCGAAAACGAACCUACUUGUAAUUGCGAUCAUUGCAACGACAAGGUAAAGACUGUCGAGGCAAAGGAGGGAAAUGAAAAUACAUCGACAUCGACAUCGACAUCGACAUCGAAAUUUUUAUGCAAAGAAGACCGCGACGGCGAUGACAAUCAUACUAUUUGUGCUCGAGAUCGCGAUUUCAAUGAUCGUACCUUCCCGAGCAUUUGUCAUAUGUUGUGUUACAAUCGCUGUCUGAUAUUGCGACUUUCUACUGUCACAGAGAAUGAUAGAAAGAAAUAUGUCGCGAUUGCGUAUAGAAAUAGUAAGUAAUAAUAAUGAAUCACUGAGACAGAUCUGAUUAUAGUGUCUUGUUGGCCCACAGAUUACUACAAACUGCGGGACGGCGAAUGUUGAAGGAUGUUCGUGAUCUUUGCGAGUUUCAUGAAAUUAUGUUAUAACAUCGUAACGUUGGCUGGAGGAGAGUGAACUACGAGGUUAGUAAAUUCUUCGCAAUUUAGUUGGCAUUGAUAUGUAAAUAAUUUUAUACUUAAAUUUUAUACUUGCGAUAUGUAUAUUUUAUGCGAAUGACGAGAUAUAUUUCACGAGAAUGUGAAUAUUUUUGCAAAUUGAAAAUAAAUGUGUAACAAAACAUAUACUGAUUAUGAAUGAUUACGAAUGCUUAUUGGAAAUUUCAUAAUUUUAAUCUGUUAAGUUAAUCAAUGUAACUGGGACAUCAAUAUUCAAUGAUUAUUGUGCAAUAAGUAGCAGACAAGUUAUAUCAAGUAACUGACGUCAUAAAACAUUACGAGUCAAAUAAUUAAUCAGUUCUGAUAAUUUAAAUUGAUAUGCCUAAUGUUAAAUGAAAUAAUAUUUUUAACUGUGACAAUGACCAAAAUAUUUCAUUCUUUUCUAAUAAAUAUAAUUUUUAAACAUAGAAAUUACAUGUUACACCAGAUAGUUAAUACAUGUAUAUCAUGUACACAUAAAUAUAUAUUAGCGUUAACUAUGUAAAUUGAAUUUUGUACAAUAUAAAUUAAAAAUUAUUCUACAUUAAUAAACAAAUAAUACAUUAUUCUUUCAUGAUUUGUUAGUUUCUUCAUGUUACUCGGUCUCAUUUACAUACAUACAUCUAACAUUUUUUCCAAAAGAAACACAAAUUGAAAAGCAUAUCUCGCAGGAUGUUUCGUUUUAAUCUAUUAUAACAAAUUUUACUAUUAUAAUAAUUUACAGUCUGUCUAUUAUAUCAAUUUACAGAAAAAUACAGUCUGUAUUAUAUGCAUAAUUUUUUUUAUUCAACAUAUUUUUCGGAAUAUUUAUAUUAUGAGAACAAGAGAAAUAUUUAUUAAGUUCGUGCUAUUAUUCAAAAGAUAUUUUUAAAGGUAUAUUUAGAUAACUAA